AUGCAGUGGAAGAAAAGAUUGAAAGGGGCCAUUAAUGAUGCACGUAACGAAAUAACAAAAAUUAUUUCAGCAUCACUAGAAAAAGACAAAGAACAGUACUACGUUAGAAGGAACAUUUCCGAAAAUGACUUUAGAGAAUUAAAUGACCUUAAGUGUGCAAUUUGUAACAAAUUUGAUGUAGAAGCAGUUAACCGUCUGAUAGAAUGUAACGUAUGUCAGGCAUUAUACCAUCGAGAAUGUUACACUCCGCGAAUUGUUUGGUCAGAAUUAAACGACGAUAAGUGGACGUGUCGAAAGUGUGAAUUAAAAGAAAAUUUUUCUUCAGUUUUAUCAACAACAUCGUCUGUCACUGGCAGAACGCGAACACCGUUAGAAGAUGCGACCAUUUUCAGUCGUUCGGAUAACAAUUCUCAGAUUUCGGAAAAGAAAAAUGUUUGUGUAGGAACACGAGUUGCAUCAACGAAAACGAAAGCAACUAAGAGAAUGACAGCGGCAGAAACAGUGGUCUCUAGAGUUCCGUUUACGAGAUCGUGCGUGAAAAAGUCCAUUGUUUCGAAAAAUACUAUCACGAGAGCGGAAAAACGUAUAAUUAACAUGAAGAAAAAAGCAGUCAAAUUGCAAGAACAACGAAAAAUGCCAUGA